UCCAGCACGCCCACGGCAUCAUCCAUUCCGUUCCCUCACUAUCACUCCAAGCCUUCUUUUCUGCUGAAAAGUCUCCAUUCACCGCUUCUAAGUUCUGACCUUCAACCCCCCAUAAUCCCUUUCUUCUCCAAGCUUACCAUUCCUAUUUGCUAGAACAACUUCAUCAAGCAGCAAACUUUCUCAUUUACAAAGAAGAAAAUCUCAAACCCAGAAGUAAAUCUAUCAAUCAAACAAACAAACUAGAUACUUCUCUUUCCUUCAAUACUAGUGAUAAAAAAAACAUGGCGUAUGUAGAUCACGCGUUCUCGAUAUCCGAUGAGGACAUCAUGAUGGACACCCCCUACACCGUCAACAACCGCCCUCCUAUCAAGGAGAUCGCGCUCGCCGUUGCUCUUUUAGUUUUCGGCACCCUAGGAAUCGUCCUCGGCGUCAUUAUGGCUGUCAACAAAGUUGGUGGCGACCGAGCUCAUGGACUAUUUUUUGCAAUACUUGGGGGUAUUUUAUUUCUUCCGGGAUUUUACUACACAAGGAUUGCAUACUAUGCUUAUAAGGGUUACAAAGGUUUCUCUUUCUCCAACAUUCCUCCUGUGUAGAGUCGUUGGAGAAUCAAGAGUUGAUGUACAGAUAGAGCCCUUGUUCUUUCGGGUGUUACUUCACUGUCAUUCGUGUUAGUAUCUGUUUGCUGAUGUUAUCUCUGAGAAAUUGUAAUGCUAUGGCUGUAAAUGAAUGCACUGUUAAACUUGUACACACUCUUAGUAAUGAUCUAUUUUUCCUUUUUUGACCUC